UGUCCUUCAUCUGAGCUUGCGGGGGGAAUGAGCGGUCAGUUCAUACCAGAGAGAAUCACAGCACAGACGCUCACAGCCACUUCUGGACUUCACGAAUAUCAGUUGAAAAAACUGUGGGUGAAUAUGCGUGUCUCAACAGUACUGUUUGGCCUCGCCCACAUCACGAGUCUAUUGGCUGCUGCGGUGAUCAGUCAUGAGGGGGCGUGUCUGCAGGGUGUGAAACACAAGGCCACGCCCAGUCCAGAGCCCUAUCUGAAGGAGUGUUCCCUCUACAGGGAGAAUUCAUGUUGUUCAGAGCUUGAUAUCCAGGAUCUUUCUGGUUCUGUGUCUGGUGUGGACAACUCUUUUUGGGAUAAGUGUGGUCUUCUGAGCCCUAUCUGCGAGUCUUUCCUGAAGCGAGUUGUUUGUUUUUAUCGCUGUUCACCUGAUGCUGCUCGUUGGCCACACCCACAUCAUGACUCCUCCCUGAAGGCAGUACCUCUGUGCCACAGCUUCUGUAGAGACUGGUAUGAGGCCUGUAAAACAGACAUGACCUGUGCUCGAGACUGGACCACUGACCCACGAGGACAGAACUGCACUGGUAGCUGUGUGCCAUAUCAACAGAUGUAUCAGCAUGGACGAGAUCUCUGUGAGAGUCUUUGGAGCGACGCUUUCGUGACCAUUGAAGAUGACCCUGGGGAAGAAGACGGAGUUGAAGGUCAUAACUGUGGCUGUCUGACGCUUAGCCCCUCAGAUCGGGAUGUAAUCGCAGCCCUGAGGGUUCAGGAGAAUGACCCAGAAGAACUGGACACCACUAAGAGUGGACUGCGGCAGUACCGAGCUCCCUGCCCCCCCACGCAGCCUCAGACACGCAGUGCCGCAGCACCACCGCAGGCCCGGAGGAGCAAUGACAACACGGUGCUGCGGAAACGCUCUGUACUGGCCAGUGAUACGGAGGGCAGCGGGAGUGGCUUCUAGAAUCCUUCUGUUCUAGAUUGGUUCUAGGUCUGCUGAAUAUUUGAUAACAGAGAUUAUAUAAUGUUGUGGAAUACUGCGUAGAAAAAAUUAGGUCAUGAUUGGACAGUUCCCUGAAUAACUCAAUCCCACAUUAUUUUUAUCUUUAAGUGCUUACUUUAUCUUUGAGCAUAUCAUUACAAAUAUCUGUUGAAUUGGAAGAAAACUAGUGUUCUAAGGUUUGUACAGUUAUUCUACUGUCUGUGUGACAUAGUUGGCAAAGAAAUCCUAUUUAUGCUAGGGGGAUCUGGGAGGUUGUUAGGGUGUUUUGGGGGGUUGUUCAGGAUGGUUGCUAGAGUAUUUUGGGUAAUUGCUAGGGUGUUAUGAGUGGUUGCUAGGGCAUUCUGGGGGGUUAUUAUGGUGUUUUGGGUGGUUGUUAGGGUAUUCUAGGUGGAUAUUAGGUGGUUACGAGGUGGUUGCUACUUUAAAAAAACAAAAGUCUCCAUACCCAAGUCUCUGAAAUUCUGUUGUAGGGCUCAGGUUCCUCCUUCAAUGUAAAUCUAGGGGUAGUUUUAUUGUCCACUAGAUUAAAAUAAACAUUUUAAUCACCUAGUAAAGUAAUAG